GACUGGACCAAGUCAAUGACUGCAAGAGGCUGCCGGGAUUGAAACUGGGCAAGGUCCCAGGGCCCGAGUAGAGCCGGAACGUGCUACGCGGCGAUCCCUGGGCCACGGGGUUUUCAGCGCCCGUGAAGCCAGGCUUGCCAGGCGGGGGCGGCUGGCGGGGCAGGGCUUCUCAGCCCGCCCCAAAUCCAGGUAAGCGCUCGCGACCCGCGCGGGCAGGCAGAACGCGCCUCCGCAGUGCUCGCGAGGUGCAGGGCGCCCCUGGCUCCCGGGCCGUCGGGCCAGGUCGGCUUGGCGCCCAGGGACUGGCCGGACGGGCUGGGCCUUUGGCGGGGGUGGAAGAGGAGGUUGCCGCGCCCUGCCCGGCCCAGGUGUCGUCUCCGGGGGCGGGGUUUGGAGCCCCGCAGCUGGAGAUUCCCGGCCUGACUGGCGGGCGAGCGUCAAGAGACAGAAGCCGCGGAGAGGAGACUAAGCCGGGCGGCGCGGGGAGCGCACUGCGCAGGCAAAGUCGCAGGGCAGCCAACAUGUUCUCCCGAAACCACCGGAGCCGGGUCACCGUGGCCAGGGGCUCCGCCCUGGAGAUGGAGUUCAAACGCGGCCGCUUCCGACUCAGCCUUUUCAGCGACCCGCCCGAGGACACGGAGUUGCAGAGGAAGCUAGACCAUGAGAUCCGGAUGAGGGAAGGGGCCUGUAAGCUGCUGGCAGCCUGCUCCCAGCGAGAGCAGGCUCUGGAGGCCACCAAGAGCCUGCUAGUGUGCAACAGCCGCAUCCUCAGCUACAUGGGCGAGCUGCAGCGGCGCAAGGAGGCGCAGGUGCUGGGGAAGACAGGCCGGCGGCCUUCUGACAGUGGCCCGCCCGCUGAGCGCUCCCCCUGCCGCGGCCGGGUCUGCAUCUCCGACCUCCGGAUUCCACUCAUGUGGAAGGACACAGAAUAUUUCAAGAACAAAGGUGACUUGCACCGCUGGGCUGUGUUCCUGCUACUGCAGCUGGGGGAACACAUCCAGGACACAGAGAUGAUCCUGGUGGACAGGACCCUUACAGACAUCUCCUUUCAGAGCAAUGUGCUCUUCGCUGAGGCGGGGCCAGACUUUGAACUUCGGUUAGAGCUGUAUGGGGCGUGUGUGGAAGAAGAGGGGGCCCUGACUGGCGCCCCCAAGAGGCUUGCCACCAAACUCAGCAGCUCCCUGGGCCGCUCCUCAGGGAGGCGUGUCCGGGCAUCGCUGGACAGUGCUGGGGGUUCAGGGAGCAGUCCCAUCUUGCUUCCCACCCCAGCUGUUGGUGGUCCUCGUUACCACCUCUUGGCUCACACCACACUCACCCUGGCAGCAGUGCAAGAUGGAUUCCGCACACAUGACCUCACCCUUGCCAGUCAUGAGGAGAACCCUGCCUGGCUACCCCUUUAUGGUAGCGUGUGUUGCCGUCUGGCAGCUCAGCCUCUCUGCAUGACUCAGCCUACUGCAAGUGGUACCCUCAGGGUGCAGCAAGCUGGGGAGAUGCAGAACUGGGCACAAGUGCAUGGAGUUCUGAAAGGCACAAACCUCUUCUGUUACCGGCGACCUGAGGAUGCAGACACUGGGGAAGAGCCGCUGCUUACUAUUGCCAUCAACAAGGAGACUCGAGUCCGGGCAGGGGAGCUGGACCAGGCUCUAGGACGGCCCUUCACGCUAAGCAUCAGUAACCAGUAUGGGGAUGAUGAGGUGACACACGCCCUUCAGACAGAAAGUCGGGAAGCCCUGCAGAGCUGGAUGGAGGCUCUGUGGCAGCUUUUCUUUGACAUGAGCCAGUGGAAGCAGUGUUGUGACGAAAUCAUGAAAAUUGAAACUCCUGCUUCCCGGAAACCACUCCAAGCACUGGCAAAGCAGGGGUCCUUAUACCAUGAGAUGGCUAUUGAGCCGCUGGAUGACAUCGCAGCGGUGACAGACAUCCUGACCCAGCGGGAGGGCGCAAGGCUGGAGACACCCCCACCCUGGCUGGCAAUGUUUACAGACCAGCCUACCCUGCCUAACCCUUGCUCGCCUGCCUCAGUGGCCCCAGCCCCAGCCUGGACCCACCCUCUGCCCUGGGGGAGACCCCGAACCUUUUCCCUGGAUGCUGUCCCCCCAGACCACUCCCCGAGGGCUCGCUCGGUUGCCCCCCUCCCACCUCAGCGAUCCCCACGGACCAGAGGCCUCUGCAGUAAAGGCCAACCUCGCACUUGGCUCCAGUCACCAGUGUGAGAAAGAAAGGUGCUGGCAUAGGAUCUGCCCAGAAGAGAAAAUGACCCAAGCACAGUCGGGCUCUGGAUAUGGCGCUGUCUAUAGCAAGCUGGCCAGUCUGGCCUCCUGUUCCUCUGCUGGACCUGGGGUAGGCUGCAGGGGUGGGCAGAAGCCCCUCUUAAAUUGUGGUUGCCAUGGUACUGAGGGACUCAUUCCUGGGGCUGGCUGGGACCUCCCUAAACCCUUCCUGGAAGAAAACUGGAACCAACUCUGCCCUACCUCCCUGCACUAACCAGCUUUGAGGAUGGCACUGAAGAACCCUUGGAGGAAACAUACCUCCCUUGUGACUCCCACAUCAACCAUUAAAGCUAUUUAACAGCA